AUGGAGGCUUUCCGCAAUCGGAUCAAGGCGCCGUUGGCGGAUCGCGGCGAAGAUUAUUUGUAUGGGUUCCGCGGGAUUCAUGUUCAUGUAAGUUUUUUUGGGGGAUUUUUUGGAAAAAUAAAAGAAAAAUUUUUUUUUUUAAUUUUUGAAAAAAGUAAAAAUCAAAAAAAAAUUUAAUAUUUUUGAUUGCCAAUUUUCCCGCCAUUUUGGCAAUACUUUGGCAUUGUGUUUCACCCUCUCUAAUUCAUAUUUCAGGACCUAGUCAAGAUAAUUUGCGGAGUAACGAUCGGAGUUUGGCUACUUCUUGCCGUAUUCGCAUUACCGACUCUGCAUUGGAUUGUAUUUGUCAUCUCAUUUGCUGGAGUGUCCGUUAACCUGAUAGCAAUCUUGGCCAACUUGAGGCGACUGGAUAUUGGAUACUUUGUCUUCUUGGUUGUCACGGUAAGGCGGUUCUUUUGCAUGUAACUUUUAGCGAUUUUUGGAACAAAAACUAAAUCCAUUUUUGAAGCAAAGCUUCCCAGAGAAAUUGGGUUUUUACACGCAAAAUUCGCAAAAAUUUAGUCGAAAAGUCAUCGAUUUUUCUCUGACCGCCUACUCAUGUUCAAAAACAAGAAGAUGUGGGAAGUUUUUAUAUCUUCCUUUGCGGUCUUUAGGUCCCGAAAUGAUAGAAAAUUUUAAUCUUUUUACCAAACCUGCGAAAAAAUCGGUUUUUUUCAAAUUUUCGGAAAAAUUGGCAUUCCGUUUCAUGUCGAAUUCACUAUGUUUCCACAAAAAAAUCUACUUUUUCUCAUGAAAUUCGCGAAGUUACAGUGGCGGACCUGAUCCUUUGGCAAACAACCACCCAUUUUGCAUCCGGGAAGUAUCAAAAAUGUGGCAAAAUGCUUCCCUCUCCAAGUGAAAAUACUCCGAUUUCAAAAGCGCGCCCUUCAAAACAACUUGGAGAGGGAGGUAUUUUGCUGUAUUUUCGAUGCUUCCCGGAUACGAAAUAGUACGUUUUUUGCCACUGGAUCCGGUCCAUUACUAUAAUAUAAUGUCGCAUGGAAAAAAUUAAUUUUUUGAAGGAAUUUUUCAAAACGGAGUUUUUUUUAUUUGUAGUGGGAGGUAUUUUGCCACAUUUUUGGUACUUCCCGGAUGAAAAAUUGUGCAUUUUGUAUCUGAUUUUUUGUCUGCUCGGUCUCCCUACUCCACACAUUCCCUAUAUCUCUUAUCUGCAAAAAUUCUUGAAUUUCUGAGCUCUCCCUGCAAAGCGCGAGCUAAAAUUCAGCAUUUCAUUUUUAACUUAUAAAAAGCAAAUUUGGGAAAAAAUCAAAAAAAAAAAAAAAAAAAAAAAAAAAUGGUUUAAAAAUAAUAACAAUAAAAAUUGCAGCUGUUCAUUGCGUUCGCGCUGAUCUGGUCGAUCAUCUACAACAUCAUUGCCGAGCCCUACACGGUCGGCUUCUUCCUCUUCUUCGUCCUCCUACUGCUCGUUUUCGGCCUCACCCUGUACGGCUGGAGUGUUGUCUAUCGCGACUAUCGACAUGUCUUCGAGAACGAAGCCCAACAACCCAAGUAUUUCGGGCUUUUGCGCGAACAAAUUAUCGCAUUCAUGCGUUGA